AAAAUUCGCCACUGGUGGCUCGCCUCGUCUCCUCCUAUAAACGAAAGAGAUCUCCUGCUCCUCCACCACACACCCACACACACGGACCGCGACGCCACGGCCACGCGGUCAAGGCGAGCGCGCGCAGCCGGGCAACGGGAGCGGACCGGCGGGCGGAGGGGCUUGUGACUGCUGGUGGCAAUGGCCGUGGCGGCGCGGCUGCGUUCGGCGGGCGCGAGGCUCGCCCGGCCGCCGGCGCUGCGGCGGUGGCUCGGGACGGCCGCGGCGGCGGAGGCGGUGGCGGAGCCCGGGAUCGCGAGGUGGGAGCCGAUGGGGGCGCGGGAGUACUACGACUACCGGAGGGCCAUCUACGGCGACAUCACGCACAAGGCCAUCCUCGUCGACGCCGCCGGCACACUCCUCGCCCCCACCGAGCCCAUGGCACAGGUGUACAGAACAAUUGGCGAAAAGUAUGGAGUCAACUACUCAGAAGACGAGAUCUUGAUGAGAUACAGGAGGGCAUAUGCGCAACCAUGGGGUAGAUCGCGGCUUAGGUAUGUUGAUGAUGGUAGGCCCUUUUGGCAACAUAUAGUUAGUUCUUCUACAGGGUGCUCAGAUUUACAGUACUUCGAGGAACUUUAUCACUACUAUACAACUGCAAAGGCUUGGCAGCUCUGCGACCCAGACGCUAAAUAUGUUUUUGAAGCAUUGAGAAAGGCUGGUGUAAAAACAGCUGUUGUAUCCAACUUUGAUACACGUCUUCGGCCACUUUUACAGGCCCUGAAUUGUGAUCACUGGUUUGAUGCAGUUGCUGUAUCUGCUGAGGUUGCAGCAGAAAAGCCAAACCCAACAAUAUUCUUGAAGGCUUGCGAGUUUUUAGGUGUGAAGCCUGAAGAAGCUGUGCAUAUUGGUGAUGACCGCAGGAAUGAUCUAUGGGGAGCUAGGGACGCCGGCUGUGAUGCCUGGCUUUGGGGCAGUGACGUUUACUCUUUUAAGGAGGUCGCAGAAAGAAUCGGAGUUAAGGUGUAAGGAGCCGUUCCCGGAGUCACCUGAGCUUUUUUUUUUCAAUAAAAAGGCCGGGAGGUGUUGCUUUUUUGUACAUAGCGCAACCCUUGUGGCUCCUCUGAUGUACAUAUUUUUCCAGAGAAUAACCGAGGGCAGUGUCUCGUGUGACAGACCAUAAUUAUGCCUGUAUGACUGCAUUUCAUCGCUCAAUUCACGUUACCCCUUUGGAA